AUGCCUGUCGGGUCGUCUAUUUUCGAAGAGGGCGUUGGAUACGACGAAUUAAGCUCACCGGCACCAGAAUCAAGCAUCUCCGCAGCUGAGCGCUCUCAUUCUGCCCCCUUUUCCGCCGCAUCCUCCGCGUCUACGCCACAAUCGCAGCCGAAGAAACGUAAACUACGCGCGCCAGAAACCUGGAAGCACUUCCGUGUGCCUCGAGAAGAGGAAGAGACACACCAGAACAACCAGAGACUCUGGUAUUGCCAACAUUGUCACAAUCCGCCAUGGCGAACAGUAUCGACAACAAGUGCUAAACGGCAUAUGCGAAGUGACCACGGUAUUAUCCUUGGUGACGAAGAAAGGCCAGCCAAGAAGGCACUUCAACAGUCUCUCGAAGUAGCAUUUACACGUGUAGAAGAGAAGAAUCGAGAGCUAGCAUCUCGUGACGAACAAUCGAUACUACGGAAUACGAUCCAACUUGACGCAUUUUGUGAGGCUCAGAUCCAGCUUAUCGUACGCCGGCGUCUCCCGCUCAACUGCGUCUCGUGGCCGGAAUACCAAGCACUUCUCUGCGCGGUUAACCCGAGGGCUGAAGAGAUCCUUAUUCACUCAGGCAAUACGGUAUUGGCUCAUAUUGAGCUGUCUUACGCCAGACAUCGCGAAAACAUCAAGGCUCAAUUACAGGCGGCAAAGUCGCAAGUCCACUUCAGCAUUGACCUAUGGUCAUCGCCACAUCGCAAAGCCUUUCUAGGCAUCUGUGGGCAGUGGGCUGAUGAGCACUAUGAGCUCCGCGAGGCUCUAUUAGGCCUUCCUAACGUGCAGCACAGUCACUCUGGGGAGACGAUGUCGCGGCACUUACUGGACACCAUACGGUACUUCGAUGUCGCAGGCAGUAUUGGCUACUUUACAUCGGACAACGCCACCGCCAAUGACACUUGCCUGCGUGCUUUAUCAAGGGCAUUGGCGAAUGAGUUUGGCGUUGGAAUGGACCCCGUUGAACGCCGUGUUCGGCGUGGAGGCCAUAUCAUCAAUUUGUGCCUCCAGGCGUUUCUCUUCGCCUCCAGCAAAGAGGCACUCAACGCGGCGAUCGAAGAGGCAGAUGGCAACGCGGACACUACAGUUGUUGAGUCACUGCAGGCGCAAUUGCAGCAAAAGCACAGCAAGGGUAAGUGCCGAAAAGUGCCGGAAGAUCAAGCCGGGUGGCGGUCCAUAGGCCCUCUUGGUAAACUACACAAUAUCGCCGUGUUUAUACGGAGUUCUACAGUGCACAGCGAUGCGUGGCAACGCCUGACAGGCCGUACACUCGGCAUUGACAAUGCGACGAGGUGGAAUUCAUGGUACAUGCUACUUCGGACUGCACUUGAGAAGAAAGACAAGCUUAUGGUGUUUCAACAAGAGCACCACAAGGCCCUGGGGGACGAUAGUCUCACACAGGAUGACUGGGACGUCCUCAGGUUAACGGCGGACUUCCUCCAACCCUUCUGGCAGGCUACGCUGGCGCAGCAGAAGAAAUGGGCGUCGUUAGAUCAGUUACUUUACCACAUGGACAUCUUGCUCAAGCAUUUUGAAGAUGCUAAGAAGACGUACAGCGAUAAUCAGCGUCUCAUCCACUCUAUCCAUAUGGGCUGGUUUGUGCUUGACAAGUACUACUUUAAGACUGACGAGACGCCUGUGUAUUCCGCGGCACUGCUUCUCCACCCUUCAAAGCGAUUAAAGUACCUCCGCCAGAACUGGCACGAUGAUUGGCAUGAUGGUGCGAUCAAUAAAGCCAGGCAGAUCUGGGCUCAGUACAAAGAUCUUCCAGUUGCCAACAUUCCAGAGGAGCCUGCGGAGACACAGAUGACAGCGUAUGAUAAGCUGGCGCAAUCACUCGAUGUGACGGAGGCGUGUGACGAUGAAGAUGAGCUGGAGAAGUUUAUUAACGGUUCUCCAUGCAAGAUCGCAGUUAGUCCCCUUGAAUGGUGGACCAGAGAGGAGCAACUGGUGGAAUAUCCGCGGCUGCACAAGAUGGCUAUUAAUAUACUUUCGAUUGCGCCUAUGUCGGACAAGGCCGAACGAGUCUUCUCAGGUACGCGGCGUACUGUUUCGUACGAUCGUGCACGCCUUGGGGCAGAAACUAUUGAGAUGACAGAGUGUCUUGGAAGCUGGAACAAGAAUGACCUUAUUCGGGAGGUGCAUGUAGUGCGAGAGGACGACAACUUUGACUGA